AGCUGUCACAGCGCGCUCCUGCCUCCCAUUGGCCGCUGGCUGCAGCCGCAGCCCCAGAGAAUGAAUGAAAUUGAAAUAGCUGCCACAUUCCAUGUACAAUACCGGGGUCUGCAGUGUUGCAUUCUAUCAUACUAUAUCAAAAUGGCCACAGCGGUACAGAACCCCCUCAAAUCGUAAGCAAUCUGGAGGCGCAGUCAUCAAGAACAGCCUUGGUGAGGAGUUCUAUAAGGAGGCCAUUGAACACUGUCGCAGCUAUAAUGCCCGUCUGUGUGCUGAGCGCUCCAUGCGCCUCCCCUUCCUGGACUCCCAGACCGGCGUGGCCCAGAACAACUGUUACAUCUGGAUGGAGAAGAACCACCGUGGACCAGGUCAUGCACCAGGUCAGCUGUACACAUAUCCUGCCCGCUGCUGGCGCAAGAAGAGACGGCUAAACAUCCUCGAAGACCCACGCCUUGUACCAAUUGAGUUCAAGAUUGACUACGAGGCCUCUCUGAAGAAGGAGGGGGGGAUCCCGGACGGCCCCGUGCUGGAGUCACUGCUUGCCGGGGAAACCCUGGACAAGAAGGUAGAAACCAAGGAAGAAGAGCCAAUGAGCGAGUGUCAGAAGUUGCUGGUUGGAGAUUUUCCUCAUGAGCUGGAAGUGGAUGAGAUGGAGGAAGACGUCCCAAAGCGCAAAAACCGUACCAAAGCACGAGCCUAUGGUGUUGGCGGCAUGAGGAAGAGACAAGAACCGCCCACCAUUGAAGAUAGAGACAAGCCAUACGUCUGUGACAUCUGUGGAAAGCGCUAUAAGAACCGCCCAGGUCUGAGUUAUCAUUACACUCACACGCACCUGGCAGACGAGGAGGGUGAAGAAGACUCAGAGCGGCACACGCUACCCUUCCAGCGCAAGAACAACCACAAGCCUAAGAAAGCACCUGAUGGUUCAGUGAUUGCCAACGGCUACUGCGACUUCUGCCUAGGAGGCUCAAAGAAGACCGGCUGUCCUGAAGACCUUAUCUCCUGUGCCGACUGUGGACGCUCAGGCCACCCGUCCUGUCUGCAGUUCACAGUGAACAUGACGGCUGCGGUGAGGACUUAUCGCUGGCAGUGCAUCGAGUGCAAGUCCUGCAGCCUGUGUGGCACCUCUGAAAACGACGAUCAGCUGUUGUUUUGUGAUGAUUGUGACAGAGGCUACCACAUGUACUGCCUGAGCCCUCCCAUGUCUGAACCACCGGAGGGGAGCUGGAGCUGUCAUCUGUGUCUGAGACAACUGAAGGAGAAGGCCUCAGCCUACAUCACCCUCACUUAAUCCAUGGAGCCGUGCCUCAUCCUGUCAGCCCUUCAUCCACUCCCAAACCUCCAACACGUGGUCCAGCUGCCCUCUCUUUUCCUUUGGUCUUCUCUACAACCUGUCCCCCCAUGGCCCCUGACACCGUCCUGGCACAUAUGAUGCCCAUUCUUGAACCUCACUGUUGUGGAGAUAUUGGAGAAUCUCCAUCCUUUUGUGUCACUCAGAUUCCCCGCUGUGCUUCCGCCUGAAUCCCCCAUCUACUCCUCAGCCUGAACAGAGGAAUUCAUCAGCUGGCAAUAAGGUCGCUAGCAAGACACACACUCCAGCCUACCAAGGGCACUUCAGAGGCAUGCACCACUCCACAGGAACCCUCUUAAGUGCCCUCGGAAGAGCCCUAAUGAUCUUCAGCUGCAACUCAGUCAAGUAGUGAGUGAGAAUUAAUAAGAUGGAUAGGUGUUAGGUAGAGGACAGGGUGCAGAAGACCCUGAGUAACGUGGAGUGGUAUGAUUCAGUGUUAGCCAACUGUGAAAUACACACCGAACCAAAAUUCCAUUCACUCCUUCUGUCCUUUAUCGUGUACGGCAGAGCCGAGACGUGGCACUCCACUCUUUCAUUUAUCUACAGGGCUUAUUGCCCUGUGUCAAAGGGGAGUGAAUUGUACAGCAGUCAGGCUGACUUUAAAGCUUCCCGCACUGGAACACAUCGAGCAUCUAGUCAGGAAUUCUGACCACCGUUUCUCCUUGCAUGAGAUUUCCACAAAUUAACGAUGCAUUUUGGAAUUGACAAGAGAUGUUUCAGUGAUUGGAUCUCACCCUCGAGCAAAAGGAAAGGUGGAUUUUCUCAAAAAACUAUUAAACACUGUAUUUAGAAAUGACAGUUACAGCUUCCCGCCCUUCUCACAAGUCAUUUAUUUGUCUUUUCUUUCAAUGAAACAAUGACUGUGAAGCCAACGUGAGACAAAUGCUCCUGGUGCCCUGUUUCUAUCAUCUGUGUGUUGAGAAUGUACUGUUGCUGUGUGGACA